CGUCUAAAGCAAUAAACCAAAUAGAGAAAGACAGAGAGAGAUUUAUAAAGCGAUGACUUUCUAUGGUUUGACCUCUUCUCUUUCUCUCUCCUCUUCUCUUUCUCUCUCUUAGUCUUAACACAGUUUACUUCUCCGAGUCACCCAAACACCCUGACUCACCCUGACUCACCGAGUCACUCUGCUUCUCUCUCUCUCCUUCCUCCUCUCCUCUACUCCCUCACCCAUCUCGAUCCAACUCCUCUCUCAUUCUCUCUACCUUUUUAGCUUGUUGACUGAGAUAAGUUGAUGGAUUGGAGCUUCAGUCGUGAUCAUAAUUGGUACUGUGGUAAUUUUGGUAGAGCUUGGGUUUCAGUGUUGAUGAAUCCGUAAGCUUUUUUGAGUUUGGAGUUAUUGUUUUUUUGGUUGCAUUUGAUUCUUUUCAUAAUACAUAAUUAGUUCUAUUACUCUUAGUGUUAUUCAAAUUUUUGUAUGGAAGUUGUGAAUAGUAGUUAGUUAUUGAAAAUUAUGGGGGGAAUUUGCUCAAGAACGAAAAGAUCAUCUAUAGACAAUGUCAUUGUAAAUGAUGAUCUUCCUGGUAGUGGUAGUAAUAAUGCUCAUGUUAAUGGGCAUUCGAAUAAUGGGUCUUAUGCACUUCCCAUGAAACCGGAGAGCAAUUCUGCUCCUUCCUCAGCUGGUCACAGUGUGGAUAUGCAGUUACGUGAUCCCUUUUCAUUUCAAGAGGUGAAUAUAGUUCCUUAUGGGAUUGGCUCAGACGAUACUAAUGAUGGGAUUCCUCGAUUGUCUCGGGUCUUGUCUCAUAAAUCUAGAUCUACCAAGUCUAAGCAAGCUGCUGUUGCAAAGGUUUCAGAAGUGAGCUCACUUUUGGGUAGGGCUGGUACUGUUGGCUUUGGGAAGGCAGUUGAAGUAUUGGACACACUUGGUAGUAGCAUGACAAAUUUGAAUCUGAGUAGCAGUUUUACUUCAGGGGUGACAACGAAAGGAAACAAAAUUUCUAUACUCGCUUUUGAAGUUGCUAAUACCAUUGUUAAAGGUUCCAAUCUAAUGGACUCCCUCUCUAAAGAUAACAUUAAACGUUUAAAAGCGGAUGUGUUGACAUCUGAAGGAGUGGACAAUUUAAUAUCGCGAGACAUGGAUGAACUCAUGAGAAUUGCUGCAUCUGACAAGAGAGAAGAAUUAAAUGUAUUUUCUGGAGAAGUGGUACGUUUUGGAAAUCGUUGUAAGGAUCCUCAGUGGCACAAUUUGGAUCGAUAUUUUGAGAAGCUGGGUUCUGAACUUACACCACAGAAGCAAUUGAAGGAAGACGCAGAAACACUUAUGGAGCAAUUGAUGACUUUGGUUCAUCAUACAGCUGAAUUAUAUCAUGAGCUGCAUGCUUUGGACCGAUUUGAACAAGAUUAUCGACGUAAACAACACGAAGAGGAUAAUUCAAAUGCUGCUCAAAGAGGAGACAGCCUUGCGAUUUUAAGAGCAGAAUUAAAAAGUCAAAGGAAGCACGUGAGAAACUUGAAGAAAAAAUCCCUCUGGUCCAAGAUUCUGGAAGAGGUAAUGGAGAAGCUUGUCGAUGUAGUACAUUUCUUACAUGUGGAGAUUCAUGAAGCCUUUGGUAGUGCUGAUGUUGAUAAACCAACAAAAGGUUCACAGACCAAGUUGGGUUCGGCUGGUCUCGCAUUGCAUUAUGCAAAUAUUAUUACGCAAAUCGAUACUCUUGUGUCACGGUCAAGUUCUGUGCCUCCUAAUACAAGGGAUGCCUUAUAUCAAGGGCUUCCACCUAGUAUAAAGUCGGCAUUGCGUUCAAAGUUACUCUCAUUUCAGGUCAAGGAAGAGCUUACAAUCCCUCAAAUCAAAUGUGAAAUGGAGAAAACAUUGCGUUGGCUUGUCCCCAUUGCAAAUAAUACAACCAAGGCUCAUCAUGGCUUCGGUUGGGUGGGAGAAUGGGCAAACACAGGGUCCGAUGUAAACCGAAAACCUGCUGGUCAGACUGACUUGUUAAGGAUUGAGACUCUACAUCAUGCAGAUAAGGAGAAAACCGAAGCAUAUAUUCUUGAUUUGGUGGUAUGGCUUCACCAUUUGGUCAGCCAAGCAAGGGCUGCAAAUGGUGGCAUUAGGUCUCCUGUGAAAUCUCCGAUACGUUCUCCAAACCAGAAAACGAUUCACUUCUCUUCGGGCAAGCCCAACUGUCCAUCGCCUUUGUUGACUGUCGAGGAUCAAGAGAUGCUUCGGGAUGUGAGUAAAAGAAAACUGACACCCGGGAUAAGCAAGAGUCAAGAAUUCGACACAGCAAGGACGAGGUUAAGCAAACACCAUAGACUGAGUAAGAGUAGUAAUCACUCUCCAACAAAUGAAAGUAGAAGAGAUCCAUUCCCCAUUAGAAGACCGUCCUCCGUUCCAGUCAUCGACUUUGACUUAGACAGGAUCAAAGCACUAGACCUCAUCGAUCGAGUUGACACAAUUCGAAACAAUUAGGUGAAAACAAUGAUAGGCCGAAGGAUUCUCAUCUCCGGCUACGUUCGAAACAGACCCAUCUCGGCAUUUGUCAUUGUCAAGUUGUGAGCAGCGGGUGCCUUUGGAUUUCGGACGCCACGGUCGGAUAUUUUAUGCGUGAAUUAGUAAAAAAAAAAGAGAGAAAAAGAAAAAGAGAUAGGUGAGUGGAUAGUGGUUGCUGUGUUUUUGAAUGUGGAAAUUUAGGGGUGAGAAGUAACAUAUGGUUCGAGGGAAAUUUAAUUGCUUGUAGAGAUGGAAAAAUGAACAGAUAAUGUGAGUUGGGUUUUUAUAGUUUUCCUUUGUUCUAUGUGUACAGAGUAAAUUAACUAAUAAUUAAAUGUCAAAUGUCCUUUUUUUUUUA